AUGUGUUGCAGCGAGGUGCUUGGAAAUUUUCGCUCCUUCUUCCGCAACAUCAUCGACUCUCGUCAGUCGACCCCGCGCGAAGCGAAUUCGGCGAGCGAUUCUCAACCGCUCCUCAGAGAGCAAACUCCUCUUCUCCCCGUCGAUCGUCAGACUGUGGAGGUUAAUCAGCUCAAACGCUUUCUGAAACCAAGAACAUUCUUCCAGAUUCUUCACACCUACAAUCAUGUGCCAAACGCGAAGCCGAUUCCGGAUAGCUGCGGCCAGAGUGGCGAGGUCGUCACUGUCAAAGAGAGCGGAAGUAUAAAAAAACGUAUCUUCAAUAAGAAGUUCGGGAACAAUGCCAUCGAGGUUGGCAACAUCCUUCAGAUGGACGAGACCGUCAUGGAGAAGCGUCUCGGGGUCUCGAGCAAGGUCCGCUCCGACGACAAAUACUGGAAUGACCGCGACGCCAACGAGAAGUAA